AUGCCCGCUAUGAAUAAUGAAGCAGUUAAACUUUUUACAAUGGUAUAUAAGUCCCAAGGGCAGUACGACGAGGCCGAGAGACUGUGCAAUCGGGCGCUGGAAGGGCACGAGGAGAAGCUAGGGCCGAUGCACCCCGACACGCUAAACACGGUCCAGAACCUAGCGAUCAUCUAUCGGAAUCAGGGCCGGUACGACGAGGCCGAGCAGCUAUACGGGCGGGCAGUAGAAGGGCACGAGGAGAAGCUAGGGCCGAUGCACCCCGAGACGCUAGGAACGGCCCAGAACCUAGCGGUUGUCUAUUGGAAUCAGGGCCGGUACGACGAGGCUGAGCAGCUAUACGGGCGGGUGCUGGAAGGGUACGAGGAGAAGCUAGGGCCGAUGCAUCCCGAGACGCUGGGAACGGUUCAGAACCUAGCGGUUGUCUAUCAGAAUCAGGGCCGGUACGACGAGGCUGAGCAGCUAUACGGGCGGGUGCUGGAAGGGUACGAGGAGAAGCUAGGGCCGAUACAUCCCGAUAUGCUAAGAACGGCCCAGAACCUAGCGGUUGUCUAUCGGAAUCAGGGCCGGUACGACGAGGCCGAGCAGCUAUACGGGCGGGUGCUGGAAGGGUACGAGGAGAAGCUAGGGCCGAUGCACCCCGAGACGCUAGGAACGGUCCAGAACCUAGCGGUUGUCUAUCGGGAUCAGGACCGGUAUAAUGAGGCCGAGCAACUAUAUAACCGGGCGCUAGAAGGGCACGAGAAGAAGCUGGGGCCAAUACACCCUGAUACGUUAGAGACAGUUAAUGGCCUAGCGACUCUCUACCAAAAGCAGAGCCGGUAUAAUAAGGCUGAGCAGCUAUACCGGCGGGCGCUAGAAGGGCGCAAGGAGAAGCUGGGACUAACGCACCCCGAUACACUAAGAACGGUUAAUAGCCUAGCGAAUAUCUACCGGGAGCAAGGCCGGCACGAGGAGGGCAACUUGUUAGGUAUUUCUUAA